ACUGAAAAUCGAACAUGAUAUUAAAAUCACAGCUGAGCCAGAAUUCUCUCUGAUAUUUUCCGGGAAUUUAAUUUACUCUUGAUUGCCACCUUCAAUGCCAAGAUGGGCUCCCAAAUCUCUAUCGUGACGUCAAACGAUGCGACCGCCGUCGCGAGCGCUAUCUUCAACGGUCCUGGCGUUUCAAUCACCGACGCGACAUUUGAGAAGUCAUAUUACGAGGAAAAUGGACUCGGCGGCAAUCUAGGCAGUGCAGGCAUCUUUACUUCUGGUCCUUUUGGCAUCGGAUCAGGCGGUAUUUUGACCACUGGUUAUUCACGCGACGCGGAUGACAGCAGUUAUGGCCAGAAUGUUGAUACGCAGAUUGAUGGGUCAAAUUACUGCGGACCGGACACAACAAACGCCGCUGUCUUGUCCGUUGAACUCGUCGUGGAGCCAGAGUAUAAUGGACUAUCCAUUGAGUUCAUUCUUGCGACGAAGGAAAAUUUCGUUAACCCAGAUCCAAUUGGCAUCUACCUAGACGGUGUUCAAUACGCCGUGGAUACGUCAGGGCACAGAAUUACUGCCAAGUCCGAAUACUUGACAUCUCCGAUUGGCAUUACCGAACCGAAUAACCCUUCUCGAAGCACAGCAUACGACAGAUCUUCACCUCCGCUGAUCAUGGGUCUUCCUGCAGCCCCUGGUGAACAUACAAUGAUCUUUGCCAUUUGCGAUGCGAACAACGGACUUCUUGACUCGGGUCUUAUGGUGAAGGCUGGAGCAUGUGUCGAUUGCGACGCGGACAUCAGGAUCAACUAUGCGACUACAACAACAACUGUUGGCCCGACACCCUUUGUGCGCACAAUCCAGGCUUCUGGAACCGUGUCUGGUACGGUUGUAUAUGGCGAACCCGAAGGCGCUACGACUACUACUACUGAAGAGGUAGGUACUUCAACCGAAGUUACGACCACUACAGCAGAGGCAAUUACUUCGAGUGAAGGUAGCACCACCGCUACAACUACUCAGAGCACGGAAGUAUCUUCCAACACUGAGCUUUCAUCCACCACUCACGGGGACCUUACAUCAACACAAUCGUCAGAAUCUCUGUCUUGGAGCGAAAGUUCAACGCCAAUUCUUACUACCACUACCAGUGAGGAAUUUGCAUCAACAACCGGAAUGAUGACCACUUCCGCACCAUCUACCACCACGAUGUCAACUCAAGGUGGAUUUACUACAAUUCGGAGAGGAUGCCGGCCGUAAUAGUUUAGUUGGGGUUUUUUUGCGUCAGCGUGUGAGGGCAAGUAAUAGUUCUGCUUGGUUGAUAGUUCAAACUUAAUAUAUAGGCC